GACGAACUAGGUACAAGCUCAAGAUUCAAGUUCCUGAAAGAAGUCAUGGAUGCGGUUGGUAACAUGUCACCCUUUGACUCAGGAACGGGUACAACAAAUACCCUGCCCGGAUUCCCCGAACCUGGUCAAUCUUUCUGGGCUCACAAUCAACGAAUCAACCCAUUGAUGCUCCGAAUAUCACCCACUGGCGCUGUUGGACCUCGCUCUGAUGGCGUCAAAGGAAGAAAAGGCCAACCCGGUAACCGGGGAUUCCGGACCCAGCACUGACCUUGUCGAUAUGCUGCCUAUGCCAGCCACAGGGACAAAUGAUUAUGAGGAGCCAGGGCAGCAGUCGAGUCUGUCACAUGCCCUGGCGACCGCAGAGCAGGAAAUCAAAGGGCGCACGCAAGUGGACCAUGUCGAAGAGGCGAAGGACCUGGGAUGGCACGAGCCGAAGGAAGACAUUGCUGAGCCGCUAGUGGGCGGCAUGGAUAACGAGGAGCUCUGGAUGUUGGUCCGUCGCUUCGACAAGCAAAUGUACCAUGUCAAGGCGACGCCGUAUCCGGUUCCCGGAGGCUUGGAUCUCAACAUCGCCGAUGAGGAAGAAUUCUCUCCCGACAAGAUGCGUGCCAACGUCGAGCGCCUGUACAUGACGGUUGGAGUCGGCGUUUUGGGUGCAGUUAAGCACAUUGCCCGGCUCCGCUCAUGGCGGGAGACGCGUCGCACGUCCUGCUUCGCAGCCGCUUACUUCAUUGCGUGGCUGUUCGAUCUGAUCAUGCCCAUGAUGCUGGCAACCCUGGUAUCGCUCAUUGUAUACCCACCGUCACGCGAAUACCUCUUUCCGCCAGCGCCGGUGGCUCUCGUCGACAGCAAGACGGGUGGCGUCCAGAAGCCCAAGGCGGGUGUUCUGGGUAGCUACGACAGCGCAACAGGAGCUCCCGAGAACCACAAGGGCGAGGCUGUCGAACAAGAGGCCGCAAACUUCGUCCACGGAAUCGCCUCGGUGGCAGUGAGCAGCGCCGCAGGGAAGCAUCCGCAGGGAGACCCCGACUCGGAGAACGAAGAGAGCAUCGAGGGGGCACCAGACCCAGCCGCUGCUGCCAUGGGCGCAGCGGAAGCCAGGGGCAAGACCAGGGGAGUGAAGACGGGGUCCAAGCAUGACAAAACAAAAGUCCCCAUGGAAACAGCCAUGUGGACCAAGAUGAGACCGAUCAUGCACAUUAUUGGGGACCUCGCGGACAGCUGGGAGAGAGUUGCGAACGCCUUGUCGCCAACACCUCCGUUUCCGCACGACACGCACCGGUUGCGACUGGCGACACUCAUCAUGCCACUGCUUGGGCUGUCCUUCUUCGUCACCUCGUACAUGUUCAUGAAAGGUUUAACCUUUGCCAUCGGCUUCGUCUUCUUCGGCGACCCUGUCACCUCGCGAGCGUAUGCCUGGCUCAACCAAACAAUCCCCCACUGGAAGAAACUGCUCGAGAUGCGCAACACGAUCCUCAAAGGCGUGCCGACCAACGCCCAGUUAACACUCACCCUCCUGCGCAUGGGAGAAGCGCACCGCGCACCGCUUCCCCCGCCACCGCGUGUCUCAGCACCACCGCCUUCCCAGCCGGCCAGGCUCACAGACGCCCACCUCCGCGCCACAGGCGCCGACGCCCCGCUCAACGCGACGUCCGCCGAGCUCGACGCCGCCAUCGCGCAUGACCCGACCGCGGUCACGGCGCACGAGACAGGCGGACCGGACAUUGAUGCAGCCGUACCAUCGCACGCACACACGGACCACGAUGACUCCAACAAGCACGGCAAGAAGGGCGGCCUCAAGGGCCCUGCAAAGAAGGUGGUGGGUUUGCUGCGGUCUGCGGCGCGGGCGGGCGUCCGCACGGCGAUCGGCACCGACACGGUGCGCGCCAAGGCCGGCGUCAGCGUGGCGGCGCGGGACCGGCUGGGCGCUGUGACUGUCCCACCGGCGCGUGAUGCUGUGGGAGAUGGGCCGGUGGCGUUUGAGGCUCGCUACGAGGGGCGGAAGGGCUGUGUCUAUCUCUCGACGGCGGCGACCGCGCCGGUUGUGGGCUUUAGCGUCGGAGAUACUGCUAGUAGUGCUAGGAAUGGCAGGGUGCCCGUGCCGGAGCAUCCGUUGUGGAGUGUGCCGGUGGAGGAUAUUGCCGAGCUGAAGAAGAUUGGGGGUUAUGGUUGGAAGGCGAAGCUGGUGGUUGGUUGGUCCCUUGACAGGGAGAUCAAGGAUGGGUUGGAGAUCACCACGGCCGAGGGAGCAAAGUUCAAGGUCACCGCGGUGCCGUUCAGGGAUGAGCUAUUUAACAGGUUGAUCGCCUUGGGGAGCCAGAAGUGGGAGGCAUGGUGAGCUGGUGAGGACUCGUGAAUUCAUCGGCUGGCUUUCUGGGAUGAGA